AAAUCUAGACAGGGAAAUUAUGAUGAAUCCACACUUUGUUACUUUCCUUUAUUUCACAACACCCUUCGCUUCUGAAUUUGACAGUAAACUCAGAUCCCUUCAUACAAGCGAGGGAAAACAUUCAAUUUAACACAUUCAUCAGCUUUCUUUAAAGACGCAGGUGUUUAUCAUCAUGUCUACACAUGCCAUGAUACAGUUUAGUAUUUUGCUGUUGCUGGUGGCUCUCUCUGUGUCAGAAACGUGUGAUGGUGUGAGGGGUUUUCCAGGAAGACCAGGUAUUCCAGGAGCCCAUGGUGCCAAUGGGAAGGACGGACCAAAAGGGGAAAAAGGAGAUCAAGGUGACGCUGCAGUCCCGAUGGCUGGACCAAAAGGAGAACCUGGAAUUGCUGGGUUACCAGGCAGACCAGGCCUGAUGGGUGACGACGGGAUGCCAGGAAAACCAGGAUCUCCGGGUCAGAAGGGAGAUAGGGGAGAUUUUACAGGGGGAGACAGUGUAUACCAGCAUUCUGUUUUCUCUUACAAAAGACGCCCUUCCAUAGUUUGGGUUGAUCCUGGCACAGCAAUAACCUUUGAAACCUCACUGAUCUCUGAUAUCAGUGAUAAGUUACAGUCUAAUAACAUCUUCCGUAUAACAAUAGCAGGGAUGUAUUACAUCAGCUACCAUGUGUCCUUCAGGACACAGGGCUGCCUUAAAAUUCAGGUGGGAGCGGAGGAGAAGGUCAGGUUUUGUGAUGAACCUGGUUCAAUAUCUGUGUCCUCAGGUUCUGUGGUAUUGCCAUUAAAGACAGGUGAAAGUGUGUCUGUGCAGUCCACAGAGCAUAGCUAUAUCUAUAGUAGAGACAGUGACUGCAUCUUUACGGGUUUCUUGCUCUUCCCAACAAAUUAGUGAUACAAAAUAUGCAUUUAAACUCUUUUAUGUACUCUUCUUUAGAUUAUUUGUGACCAUGUCUGUGCAGUCUAAAUUCUUAUAGGGGCGGUUUCCCAAACACGGCUUAUCCUAGUCCCAGACUAAAAAGCAUGUUUGAGCUUCCUUCAUUUAAAAACACCUUGUACUAACAUAUCUUAAGAUAAAUCAGUGCAAAUUAAUUUGUCUCAAGAUGCACACCUGUACUGUUUUUUGUAAAGUUUGUUUGUAAAAACUACUUAAAUGUCCUAAUAUAGCUAUGGCCUUAUCCAGGAUUAACCUAAAACCAUGUGGGAAACCACUCUUUAAAGAGCACCUAUUGUCAGAUUCACGUUUUUAAAUUUCCUUUGGUGUGUAUUAGUACAUGUUAACGAUAUGCAAAAGUAGACGAUGAUGCAAAUUAUCGUCUCCAACGUAAAUCUCUUUUCUUGGACUACAACAAACAUACACGGAUUGUAGGCAACAGUUUACUUCCUGGGAUUGGUGAUGUAGACAAGACCGACAUGAUCAUAAUUCCUUACAUUAUGUAGGAUGAUUUAUGUACAAAACAAUAAAUCUGAUAAAAGCUGGGUUUUCACAGACUGGGUCACAUUUGUCAAACGUUGCUUAAACAUUUGUGAAUCAAAUGUAAUGUGCUAAUUAAAAUGAAAUUAUAACAA